UGUCGACGCCGCUCUGCUUCGGUCUCAUCUUUCGCCCCAGGAGAUUUUGCCGGCAAGGGAAUCCACUGACAAAAUGCAGAACGAAGCAGGUGACAUGACGGAUCUCUACAUCCCGAGGAAAUGUUCUGCUACGAAUAGGCUGAUUACUGCCAAGGACCAUGCGUCAGUCCAGAUCAAUAUCGGGCAUUUGGAUGAGAGUGGUGUGUACACCGGCCAGUUCACCACUUUUGCACUUUCUGGCUUCAUCCGAGCACAGGGUGAUGCUGAUGGUGCUUUGGAUCGGCUCUGGCAGAAGAAGAAAGUUGAAGUCAAGCAACAAUAGAAAUUGAUUGUUGAAGCCAUGAUCAAUUGGAAUUCCUGGUUUAAGGAAUUAAUAUAUUUUAUGUCAAGUUAAUGACUGCUACUAAGCCACUUCGCUUUUAUGUGGACCCUUUUGUGCUCUAUGAUUUCGUGCAGUUUGGGCAUUUUAAACCCAUUUGAUCUGUUUGGAUUACUGUGACAGUCUGCUUUAUUUCUCUGUGAUAUUAAGCAAUGACGCUUCUUUCUAA